AUGAACCACGGGAGUCGCGGUUCCUCCGCGUCCGUUCCAUUUUAUGAGUGCGAGGAGGAGAAUAAGCGGCCGCGCGGCAGCGCGGGGACGUGGAUGCGCCAUUUUCUCAUUCGCCACUCGGACCCGACCAGGCCGGCGGGCGGGGCCCCGGCGCCGGGCACUGCGAGGUGGAGGGGAAGUAGAGAUGUGAAUGGCGGAGUGGCGGCGUCGCACGCGUCCUCGAAGUUGUGGGCCCCGCAGCGGCGCUCUCCGGCGCUGCGGGACGCCACCGCCCUCAGUGGCGGGGGUGUUGCCACGACCUACGACCCACUGAGCUGCACGCGGGGCGGACGCGUGGCGUAUCAUGCGGAGAUUGGACAGGCCGUGGUGAACACCGCGCACCUGCUGGGGAAGGCGGAUCGCCUGCGUCGACGGACGGCGUCGUCUGUCCUUGCGGGCGCUGCGCCCCCCGAGAGGCGGCCGCGGCCGUAUUAUCUUAGUCAUGCCGCCUCGCAGGCUGCGAUGGAGGCCGCGCCUCGUGGCCUUCCUGGGGCGGCGCCGAGGUUCCAGGGGGUUGGCUCACAAGCUCUGCCCGUGCAAAUACGUGAGCAGGGCCUCAUGGCGCUGGAAGCCGGUGCGGCGUCGCCGUCGCCAUCUCCAGCGACGCCAGUUAGCGGAAGCGGUGCCGAUGUUGAGAGCAGCGGCGGCGCUCUGGCGCUCGUGCCGUUCGGCCCAAUCGAGGGCCCAAAGAAGAGGGUAUCGCUGCUGCGAGACAGUCGGGGCUGUCCACGGGAGGGUGGGGAGCCUGUUGCGUGGCGGCCGGAGCACGGGGCGUCGGAUGCCCACCGCGACGGCGCCGUUUCGGAUGCCGCGGUCAGUUGUAGCGUUACCUCCCCAACUCUGGGAUGGCAGGAUGUCGGCGACGCGCCCGCUGCUCCUGGCCCAACGCUCCACUACAAGCAGCUGACCGAGUCCUUUUACGGGAACUACUCGUCUGGGGUGCUUGCGCAAGAGGCCUACCUGCACUUUGUCGCUGGCAUCAGCCAUCAGCUGUUGAGGGAUAGCCAUGGUGCCUCGCGGCGGCCGCAGCGUGUUCGCGGCAUGGUAGAGAAAGCACGACAAGGGUCCCGGGUUGCCGCCGCCCCCCACGGGGGAAGGGCAUAG